AUUAUUGAUAAAAAUUUUCUAAUUUCGUAGAGACAAAAUUAUACUAACGAAGUUAUAUUUACACCAAGCAGAGGUUAUGUUUCGCUUGUACGUACAUAUUUAAAUUGAGAUGUAAUAUUUUUAAAUAUGUGACAUAAUUUACAAUUAAUUACCUAGUAAUAAUCCAGUAUUAAAUUUUAAAAAAUGUUACAACAAGGAAAAUCACCACUUAUUUUUGAAAUAUUCUAUGAAUGUAAAACAACAAAAGCUAGAGCUGGUAGGAUGACUCUCAUUCAUCAUCAUGUAGAUACACCGGUAUUUAUGCCAGUAGGCACACAAGGUACCUUAAAAGGCUUAUUACCUCAACAAUUAGAACAAUUAGAUUGUCAAAUUAUACUUGGUAAUACAUAUCAUCUUGGGACAAGACCUGGUAUUAAUAUCUUGGAAAAAGCUGGUGGUUUACAUAAGUUUAUGAAUUGGAAAAGAGCUUUAUUAACAGAUUCUGGUGGUUUCCAAAUGGUAUCAUUAUUAGAACUUGCUAAAAUUACAGAAGAUGGUGUGAAGUUUAAAUCACCAUAUAAUGAAUCAGAUUGCAUGUUGACACCUGAACAUUCUAUUCAAAUACAAAACAUAAUAGGAGCAGAUAUAAUGAUGCAACUUGAUGAUGUUGUGAAAACUACAAUAACAGGACCAAGAGUAGAAGAAGCAAUGCACAGAACAAUUCGAUGGUUAGAUAGAUGUCUGAAAGCACAUCAGAGAUUAAAUGAACAAAGUAUAUUUCCAAUUGUACAAGGAGGCCUUGAUUCCAAACUUAGAUCAGAAUGUGCGAAUCAAUUAAUUAAACGUGAAGUCAAUGGUUACGCUGUAGGUGGAUUAAGUGGUGGAGAAUCUAAAAAUGAUUUUUGGAAAAUGGUACAUCUUACGACAAAUAUACUUCCAAAAAAUAAACCACGUUAUUUGAUGGGCGUUGGUUUUGCUAUUGAUUUAAUUAUUUGCUCUGCUUUGGGAAUAGAUAUGUUUGAUUGUGUAUUUCCUACAAGAACAGCAAGAUUUGGCUGUGCUUUGGUACGUACUGGUCAACUAAAUUUGAAACAAAUCCAAUAUCGUAAAGAUAUGAGACCAAUAGAUGAAUCAUGCGAAUGUAGUACAUGUAAAGUACACACACGCGCUUAUCUUCAUCAUAUUGUAACAGUAGAAACAGUUGCAUGUCAUUUACUAUCUGUUCAUAAUAUUGCAUUCCAAAUGAAAUUGAUGAAAGAUAUUAGACAAAGUAUUCAAGAACAAAGAUUUCCUGAAUUUAUACAACAAUACAUGUUACAUUUAUUUCCGAACAAGGAAUAUCCUUCAUGGAUAGUGGAUGCAUUGGAAACUGUUAAUGUUACAUUAUUAUAAUAAUUACUAUUUAUUUCCAUAAUAAAAUAUCCUAUGUGUUUUAAUAUGUAUGCUUUACAGAAAUAAAUGGAAAAUAUUAUAACUAAUUUAAAUUA